AUGCAGAUACCUCGAUGCUACUUCAAGGCUGCCAGCGCGGAACUGGAUGGCACAUUACAAGCACAUCUAUUUGUCGACGCCAGCGAGGCGGCGUAUUCGGCUGUCGUAUACUUCAGGAUCGUUGAUGCGGAAGGCAAUCCACAAUGCUUUCUCGUAACUGAUAAAACUAAGGUUGCGCCGAUCAAAUACGCCUCCAUUCCACGUUUGGAGCUGAUGGCAGCCGUUUUGGGAGCACGAUUACUAUCAUUCGUAGGGGAAAAUCACACGGUCCCGAUACACCAACGCUACUGUUGGUCAGAUUCCAAAACCGUUUUGGCCUGGCUUUGCUCCGAUCACCGCAGAUAUUCGCAGUUUGUUGCUUGUCGGGUUGGCGAAGUUCUCUCGUUGUCAAAGGAAAAUGAAUGGAGAUGGGUUCCAAGUAGACACAAUAUCGCCGAUGAAGCCACAAAAUGGGGCAAGGGGCCUUGUUUCGACGAGGAAAGCCGCUGGAUCCAAGGACCGGAAUUUCUAGGCCUGCCGGAAGAACAUUGGCCGAAACCAAAAACGCCGAUUAACUUAACAGACGAAGAACUACGUCCAUGCCAAAUGUAUCACGAAAUAAGUUCGCCUCUUAUCAAUUUCGAACGGUUUUCCAAUUGGAAUAGACUACUUCGUGCUGUGGCUUACGUUUACCAUUUUUUCACCAUCCACAACGCCCGAAAAACAAACUCUAGCGUUGAGAAAGGACCAACUCACGAUGAACUAAAAGCAGCGGAGACUUUAAUCUGGAGGAUGGUACAAUGGACAGUUUAUCCGGACGAGGUGUCUAUCAUGGAGAACAACAAACAUCUCCCGGAAGAUCAGCGGCGUACACUUGAUAAAACCAGCUCGCUAUACAAGCUUACGCCAAUGCUAGACGAGUUCAGGGUUUUGCGAAUCGACAGCCGAACUGGAGCUGCGCGCGUGGAUCAAUAUGACCUUAAGUAUCCUGUUAUACUCCCAUGGAAACACCAUGUGACGAACUUGAUCGUCAACUUUUACCACAGGAAGUACCUUCACGGUAAUACGGAGACGAUCGUCAACGAGCUUCGGCAAAGAUACUACAUUCCACGGAUUCGUGUGGUUGUAAAGACCGUAUCAAGGAAUUGUCAAUGGUGCAAAGUUUAUAAGGCACAACCGACCGUCCCUAAAAUGGGACCAUUGCCAGAAGCUCGACUGUCACCAGGGGUGCGACCUUUCAGUUAUAUUGGAGUCGACUACUUUGGCCCUCUUCUCGUCAAGCCUGCAUCCGCAGAUUCGUUUGUCGCCGAGGAGCACCAUUGGAAAUAUACUCCGACAAUGGACGUAAUUUCGUCGGGGCAGAUGGAGUUUUGA